AUGAACUUGAGGAGCAGGGGUCCAACAAACCUAGUUCCACGAGCAGCAGACAUCCGAGCUUUAGAGAGGGAGUGUGCUAGAAAAAGAAGAGAAGAGGAGCAACAGGCUCACAUACAGGAUCCGAACAUUGAAAUGGCUGACCCACAAGCGAAUGGCGGCGAAAACGCCCCACCAGCUCGACCUAUUGGUGCCUAUGACCGUCCAACUAACCAUGGCCACCUGUUAGGAAUCAGAGCACCAGCUGUGGCAGCAAACAACUUUGAGAUCAAGUCAGGGUUGCUGAACCAGAUUGAGAACAACAAGUUUCAUGGCCUGGCUGCAGAGAACCCAUUCGACCACUUGGACAGUUUUGAUAGAUAUUGUGGUCUAUCCAAAAUCAAUGGUGUAUCAGAUGAUGCUUUCAAGCUCAAGCUUUUCCCUUUUUCUUUGGGGGACAAGGCACGUCAGUGGGAGAAGUCUCUGCCAAGCAGCUCCAUCACCACUUGGGAUGACUACAAGAAAGCUUUCCUAGAGAAAUUUUUCUCUACUUCCAAGACAGCUGACUACAGGAAUGAGAUUUCCGGAUUCAAGCAGCAGAACUUGGAAGGAUUCAGUGAAGCAUGGGAAAUGUUCAAUGGCUACCUAGCUCAAUGCCCACACCACGGUUUCAACAAGGGAAGCUUGCUUAGCACAUUCUACAGAGGGGCCUUACCUGAGUACAGAGCAAGAUUGGAUACUGCAAGUAAUGGGAACUUCUUGGACAGAACAGAAGAAGAGGCAGGGAAACUUGUUGAAAACAUGGUCAAGAGUGAUGUUGUCUACAGUGGGGAUCAUGACAGAGCUGAUAGGUCCGCAGACAAGCAGACAAGAAAAGAGAUAAAGGCUUUGCAGGACAAGAUUGACAUCCUCAUUGCUGAUAAAGCUUCUCAAGCUCAGAUGAACUUUGUUGGUAACCCACAACACGAGAUACCAGCUGCUGUCAAUGAGGUUGAUGGUCUGGAAGGUCAGGAAGAGCUGUGUUUUAUCAACAACAAUGAUACUUGGUACAAGAAAGAGCCAAACUUUCAGUACAACAACUAUCAGCAGAGACCUUAUUCUAACAACCAGCAGAAUGGAUAUCAGCCUAGGAACAACCAGCAAGGUGGCUAUCAGCAAAAGCAAAACCCUCCUCCUGGUUUUUCCAACCAAGGGCAGCACUCUUCUCAACAGCAGCCUGCUCCAUCUAGCUCUACACCCCAAGAGAGCAGCACUGAUAUUGAUGGGAGCUACAAUGAUCUCAACAACAAGUUCAGAGCUUUGGAGAACCAAUUUGCUUCCAUGAACACUCAGCAAAAUCGCCAACAAGGCUCUCUACCUGGAAAACCUGAGCAGAAUCCCAAGGAUGCCAAAGCUAUCACACUUUGGAGUGGUAAGGAGUUACCUCCUAGAACUCUCACCAAUGAUGCUGAGAAACUAGGUGAGGGGGUGGCCAUCAACAUAGAUGAUGAGGUGGUUAUUGUUGAUGAGAAGACUAAUGAUGAGGAGAAUGCUUUUGUCCCUCCUCCUUAUGAACCCAAACUUCCAUUCCCUGGUAGGUUCAAGAAGCAGUUGCUGGAGAAGUACAAAGCUCUGUUUGAGAAGCAGAUGAGUGAGGUUCAGAUCACAAUGCCAAUCAUUGAUGCUUUCAUGCUGGUUCCUCAAUACAGCAAGUUCCUGAAAGAUGUCGUGGCAUAA